UUUUGUUUUCUUUAUUGUAACCAAAAAAAAAAAAUAUUAAAAUAAAUUCACUUUUGUAACUUUUUUAUAUUUUUGUUUGAAAUUCGUUAAUCUUUUGAAAUCUUAAAAAUCCAUAAAAUACCGUGAAAUCUUAAAAAUUUGUAUUAGAAAUCACUUAGAAUGAAUCUCGAUUUAAAAAAUGUUUUAAAAAAAUCUUUAAAAAUCCCACAAAGUCAAUAAAUUAUUUUAAAAUCUUCAAAACAUUUUUGUCAAAACAAUAAAUUUUUUGAAAAUCUUCAAAACUCUUUUGUCUAAAUAGUUUUUCGAAAUCUCAAUCUAAUACAUCCCCUUAUACUUUCAAACAACCAUAUAUAUCAUCGUUGAAAUUUUAAAUUUUUUUAAAAACUAAUCAAUGAUCAGUGGUCCACAUUAAAAAUUUCCUGUAUAAAUAAACAUUAAAAAAUAAAAUACAUCGUCAACUAAAAACACACCCAUGCUUCACAUUAAAAAAAAAAAAAAACACACCAUGCUUCAAAAAAACUAAAAACCCCCAAAAAUAAAUAAAUAAAUAAAUAAAAUAAAAAAACUACCUAACUCAUUCGUUUAAAAUGAUAGGAGAAAGAAUUUUUUUUUUUACUAAAGGAGGAAGAAUUUUUUUUAACUAAUGUGUUUGGUUGAGUGGAAAGAAAGGGAGAGGAAAGAAAAUUAUGGAGGACUAAUGAAUGAACUUGGACUAACUUUAGUCCAAGUUCAUUGAUUUUCCUAAUUUUCUUUCCUCCCACUUUCUUUCCACUCAAGCAAACACAUAAUAGGAAGAAUCUUUUUUUUCCCCACUCAACUGACAAAACAGUAUAUAAUAAGUAAUAACUACACAGCAUAUUCAAAUUAAUUUCACCAUCUAAAAUAAUCCCUUGUUCCUCAAAACCUUUUCAUAUCAUGUUUCCAACAUUUUCACUUUGUUUAUCUCUUCUCUUUGCUUUCAGUUUCAACUUCAUCCAAAACACAACUACCUCUCCCUUAGGAAAUGAGACAGAUAACUUGGCAUUGCUGAAAUUCAAAGAAUCAAUAUCAAAUGACCCAUAUGGAAUCUUGGCCUCUUGGAAUAUUUCAACUCACUACUGUAAUUGGCAUGGAAUUACAUGUAGUCCCAUAAAUCAAAGAGUUACACAGUUAAACUUAGAAGGAUAUAAGUUACAUGGAUUCAUACCUCCUCAUGUUGGCAAUCUCUCUUUUUUGGGAAAUCUCAACCUUGCAAACAAUAGUUUCUUUGGAAAAAUCCCAAACGAACUUAGUCGGUUGUUCCGAUUGCAGGCACUCUCUCUCAACAAUAACUACAUGACAGGAGAGAUUCCUACAAACUUGACAAGUUGGUCCAAUCUUAAAGGCUUAUACUUGUAUGGAAAUCAUUUGAUUGGUAAAUUACCAAUUGGAAUCAGCUCUCUUCAUAAGCUUAAGACGUUGUGGAUUUCAGAAAACAAUUUAACAGGAAGAAUUCCAUCAUUCAUCGGAAAUCUUUCAUCUCUAACAACUCUUAUAAUGGGUAUAAAUGACUUAGAGGGAAAUAUUCCACAAGAAAUGUGCAGCCUCAAAAACUUGAUACUUAUGGAAAUACUUGAGAACAGACUAUAUGGAACAUUUCCACCGUGUCUUUCUAAUAUAUCAUCUCUUAUUUAUAUAGGAGCUGGAUUCAAUGAAUUUAAUGGAUCUCUUCCACCCAAUAUGUUCAACACGUUCUCAAAUCUACAAUAUUUUUUAAUAGGAAGAAAUCAAUUCUCAGGUACAAUCCCUAUUUCAAUUGCAAAUGCUUCUGCCCUACGAAAACUAGAAUUAGCACAAAACCAUUUGGUCGGACAAGUUCCAAGUCUAGGAAAGUUACCUGAUCUUCAAGUGCUAAAUCUAGAAUUAAACAAUUUAGGUGACAAUUCAACUAAGGAUUUAGAGUUUUUAAAAUCCUUGACAAACUGUAGUAAACUACAAGCGAUUUCUAUACCCUAUAAUAAUUUUGGAGGUAAUUUACCAACUUUUGUAGGAAAUUUAUCCACUCAACUGAGACAACUAUAUGUUGGGGGUAAUCAGAUAUCAGGAAAAAUUCCUCCAGAGUUAGGAAAUCUAAUUGGCUUAAUUCUCUUGAGCCUGGACAAUUGUCACUUUGAAGGAGUUAUUCCUACUACUUUUGGGAAGUUUGAGAGAAUGCAAAAAUUAUCAUUGGAUGGAAAUAAGUUUUCAGGAGAGAUACCAUCCAUCAUAGGCAACCUCAGUCAAUUGUAUCAUUUGACUAUAGGAGAUAAUAUGUUAGAAGGAAAUAUUCCUUCAAGCAUAGGAAAUUGCCAAAAGCUACAAUACCUAGACCUUUCACAAAACAAUCUUCGAGGAACCAUACCCAUUGAAGUCUUUAGUCUUUCCUCUUUAACAAACUUACUGAACUUGUCAAAAAACUCAUUGAGUGGUGGCUUACCAAGAGAAGUAGGUAAGCUAAAAAGUGUCAACAAGCUAGAUGUCUCAGAGAAUCAUCUAUCUGGUAACAUUCCUGGAACCAUUGGUGAAUGCACAGUCUUAGAAUACCUCUAUUUGCAAGGAAACUCCUUCAAUGGAACCAUACCAUCUUCUCUGGCUUCACUAAAAGGUCUUCGAUAUUUAGACUUGUCAAGAAAUCUCUUGUCUGGCCCAAUUCCUAAUGUUCUACAGAAUAUAUCAGUGUUAGAACACUUGAAUAUUUCUUUCAACAUGUUGGAAGGUGAGGUACCAAUAGAAGGUGUAUUUGGAAAUGUAAGCAGGUUAACUGUGACUGGAAACAAUAAGCUUUGUGGAGGUAUUUCAGUGCUUCGUCUACAGCCAUGCCCUGUUAAAGGUCUGAAACACUAUAAAAUCAAGUUGAUAGUAGUGAUUGUUAGUGUGAUAUCUAUUCUUCUCAUGAUGAUAAUUAUCCUAACUAUCAAUUCCAUGAGGAAAAGAAACCAGAAACAAUAUUCCGAUUCACCAACAACUGACCCGCUAGCCAAGGUUUCAUACCAAGACCUUCACAAUGGUACAAAUGGGUUUUCUGCUAGCAACUUGGUUGGAUUAGGAAGUUUUGGUUCUGUGUACAAAGGAAAUCUUGCAUCAGAAGAGAAAGUUGUUGCCAUAAAGGUCCUGAACCUUCAAAAGAAAGGAGCUCAUAAGAGUUUCAUUGCAGAAUGCCAGGCACUUAAAAAUAUGAGACAUCGAAAUUUGGUUAAAAUUUUGACAUGUUGUUCAAGUACGGAUUACAAAGGUCAAGAAUUUAAGGCAUUAGUGUUUGAAUACAUGAGCAAUGGAUGCUUAGAACAAUGGCUACAUCCAGGAAUAGUGAAUGCAGGGAAUCAAAGAAUGUUGGACCUAGAUCAAAGAUUUAAUAUCAUUGUCGACAUUGCUUCUGUUUUACAUUACCUUCAUCAUGAGUGUGAGAAAUUGGUUAUUCAUUGUGAUCUAAAGCCAAGCAAUGUCCUUCUUGACAAUGACAUGAUUGCUCAUGUGAGUGAUUUUGGCAUAGCAAGACUUGUCUCAGUUAUUGACAACACCUCUCACCAGGAAACUAGUACAAUUGGAAUUAAAGGGACUAUUGGCUAUGCUCCUCCAGAGUAUGGAAUGGGUUCUGAAAUAACCACAUAUGGUGACAUGUAUAGCUUUGGGGUGCUUAUGUUGGAAAUGCUUACCGGAAGAAGACCGACAGAUGAAAUGUUUGAAGAUGGUCAAAAUCUACACAUGUUUGUUGAAAAGUCAUUUCCUAAUAAUCUUAUACACAUUUUGGACCCACAUCUUCUACCAAGAAAUGAUGAAGCAACAAUGGAAGAUGGAAACAUUGGGAAUUUCACUCCAAUUGUAGAAAAGUAUUUAGUUUCACUUUUUCAGAUUGGUCUUGCUUGUUCAGUGGAAUCACCGAAAGAAAGAAUGAAUAUAGUGGAUGUCACCAGAGAAUUAAGCAUGAUCAAAAAGGCCUUUAUUUCUGGUGUUCGCAUUGUGAGGUGAAAGAGACCUUCACGGUCAUUUAGGAAAGAGAAGUGUAUGAUGCAGUUCCACUAGAGUUGAAUGUUGGUCCAGAAUUGUUUGAUAAUAAAUUUUCCUUCCUAUUCUAGUCAAUUUACUGCCAAAAUUUAUCUUUAAUGCAAUAUCUAUCUUAUACUUAAUGGAUGUAAUACUAUAAAUGAGAAGUGGAAUUAAUUGUAUUUUCAAAAAAA